AUGACAAAUAGUGCAUAUAAUUAUGCAAGUAGAUUAAAGAAAAAUAACAAUAAAGGGCCACUGGGUUUAGACGAAUUAUUCGACACGAACAAACAAGUCACCAAGAAAGUUAACCUUCUCUAUGAAUAUCUCUCGAAAUCCAAUAAUACAAUUAUACAUACAGGUGCCGGGGUUUCAACGGGCUCUGGAAUACCUGACUUUCGUGGUCCAUCAGGUAUUUGGACAGUGAUGAACAAUACAAACACUAAACAUGAUAAAGCCAAGGAUACAAAUUGUAGAGAAAAACAAAAUGAACAGUACGGACCUUUAACAAAAUCUAAGAAAAGAAGGAAGUUAACAGAUUCAGCAUGUAUACCCUCAAUGAAUAACACAUCACCAGGCCAAGCUGAUUCAUGUGAUAUUCCAGAAAAAGAGUCAACUGCAUGCUAUACAGAUACUUUAAAGAAUGAAGAAACAAAUUUAGAACAUGAAAAAGAUGAAGAAACUGGAGUGGAAAAGGAAGAUAAUGAUUAUGUAUAUUAUGGAAAUAAUAAAAGGAAAAUAGUGGAGUUUAUAUUAGCGUUGCCAUCAGAAUCACACCUGUGUCUGCUGGAGCUAUUAAGGAGGAAGAAAAUACGGUAUAUAAUAACACAAAACGUUGACGGACUACAUGCAGUCUCAGGAAUACCUUUUGACAAAUUAUCAGAACUACACGGUAACGUCUUUGUACAAAGAUGUCUUUUCUGCCAUAAGCGAUAUCAAAGGAACUAUGUCUCUCCAACCAUAUCAUUUAAACCAACGGGUGAUCUAUGUGGAUUAUGCACGUUUCCACCAUUGAAUGUAUUAACCGAUGUGGUUCUUGAUUGGUUUGAUUGUUACGAACAAUAUUAUGAGGAGACAUCGAAGUUGAAAUCAGAGUCGUCAGAUUUACAUGUGGUCAUGGGCUCAAGUUUGCAUAUUGAACCUGCGUGCCACUACGCCUCAAAUGACUAUCACAGAAAAUACGACUCGCCACUCAUAAUAAUCAACUACCAAAGUACCAAACUUGAUCCCGAAUGUGACCUCAUCAUUCACGAAGAUAUUAACAAAAUUUGCACAAACUUACUGAAGAAGUUCAAUCUUAAGGUGCCGACAUUUUUCAAGAAGUCACACCUAUUCAUUCUCAAGUACAACCACACGGCAAACGUGACAACAAAAACAAAUGAACAGAACAUCCGACUCGUAGUAAUAAUGAAAUCUUCAUGUAUUAAAUCUGUCGAAUUCCUCAGCGACAGCGCAGAAUACAGACCAAAAUGUAACAUACACGUCAUCAACAAAUUGCAAGGAGUUUAUAAAAUUACAAUCAAGGAAACUAUCAGGCUCAAAUUAACCCUGUUCCAUGAUACUGAGUUAUAUUUUGAAAUACCAUAUGAAAGAAUAGUGCUGUUUAAGGGUGAGAUUUGGGAACUUGACAUUUGCGCAACGAAUGGAAGAAGAUUAGUAAAAUCAUCCAAGACGUUCUAUAACCCAGACUACUACGAUCACUCCAGUAAUAGUUACAGAGACUCACCAGAAAAACACGAAAAAAGUAGUUUGAUAGGAAACGGAGUGAACCUGAUAAACAUAGAAAAAAUGGUAGUGUACUUUAACUCAAAUUUAUACCAAGAAAAACAACUGCCGUUCAGACUAGUUGGAUACCUGGAUUUAAUAAGAAAACACAACAAUUUCACUGAAGUAAAACUUAACAAGUCCCUAACAGUAUUAUCAUACCUAUGGUAUCAUAAAUUCAUACAACAGCAUCAAUACCAUCUAGAACCCAAACAAGAAGAUGGAAAAUAUUCAAAGAGAAGAUAUAGGGAAUCAGAUUAUGAACUCAGGAAGACAGGUAAUUUUACUUUAUACAAGAUGGAGGAAAGUUUCUUAACUAGUCCCAACCUGGACAUGAACACAUUGGAUUACGAAGAAACUAAAAAUUUAAAGAUAAAAUUUGAAAAUUUAACCGAAGAUUCAUAUGAAAAAGUGUUAAAUAUGAGUGAAAGUUAUAGUUUCGGUGACGAAAAGAUGGAAUUUGAGAAAAGAAAUGGCAUGAAGAGUUCAGAUUCCUCAGAAUCGACAUUCGAUGAACCACAUAACCCAAACUCUUAUAAUUCAUUUAAUAGCAAGGAAUACAAUAACCUCGUGGCUAUGCUGGAAAAUUAUUAUGACAAUUACAUAAUUAACACGAACACAGUUAGUGAGUCAGGAAAUACAACAGAUAACAGAACUAACAGGAGAAUAAACAUGUGGGAUGAAAUAUUCAACAGCAGUAAAUUUAAUAAAAUAAUACUAAACAAGUGCAUUAAGUUAAAGUGGAUCAAUAUGUCAAACAACAAGAUAAUCAUGAACAAAAGGGUCGAUAUCAGUGACUUCAUGUUAUCAGUAAAAUCAUCACUACCUCUUAAACUGUUUGUAGUUGAUAAUUAUCAACUCGGUCAGCUUCUGACUGAAAUCCCAGCACACCUACAGCAGAACAAUUAUAACUAUAAAUUAUUCAAAUUCAAUACUCUAUACGAGUUCUAUACAAAUUCAGCGCCUUGCGGCAUGUACAAUGCAUCGGGUUUAGAGGAUGAGGACGCCGAGCAGAUGAAGUCCAUUAACGUCUUUGAACUUCUGGUCUUCAACACCAUCAAUUAUAUCCUUAAGUUAAACACUCUUGACAGUUAUUACUACUCAAAUAGCCACAACAUUGGCGAGGACAAGAUUGAACACUACGUCAUCAUUAAGUUAUUUCACCAGUUCCUACCACUCUGGAUCAUUAAGUAUCUCUCAGAUCUCUUUGAAUGUCGUUAA